AUUCCAGGAAACAGUGAAAUGAAAGCAAAGGGAUACCUUGCUUUGAAGGCACUUGAAAAAGAUCUUUAUUCGAUGUCUCUUCAGGACAGAACAGAGGAUGUGAGCAGAGUUACUGAAGUCCUUCAUGGAAAAGUAGGACACCUGGUGCCAAGAACUGGAGGAACUCCUUUGAACAUUGAAUUUUACGUUUCCCCCUAUCAAGCUUUGGAAGCAGAACUAAACCCUGAUUCCCAGGUUUGUGGAGCAAAAAUAGUCGUAACUGUUGAAGGCACAGAUACACUCCACAGACUUCCUAUUUCUCCACUGAUUGCAGCUUUUGUAACUGGAGAAGAUGGGAGCCCUGCUUUCUUGCCACUGACUGAUGAAUUCAGCAUGGAUCUACCGGCUUGCUUUUUGUUGAAAUCUCACCAGCCUAUUCCUAUGUCCUCAUCCAGUAUUGAAGAGAUACAGAGGCUCACAGGGAUUCAGAUUGCUGACUUGAAACUAGCCCCUCUAUACGAGCUGAUUGUUCAAUCUACUCUUAAAGAAAAAUGCAGUGAAGAUUUGUCCACACAUAACUUCUGUUUCUUUGUGGUGAGUACAGUCGGUGUUUGAUAGAUGCUCUAUUUUUGUUUGAG